UCAGUAGUACCGACCAGAUAGCACUGCACUGCACUGCAUAGCCGUAUACAUACGCCGGUUCUAUACCCGCCCUAUAAGAACAAGCCAUGAGUCCAACCAAAGUGGGGAAUCAGUAGCGGGGUGGAUCCUUGCAGAUGAUAAGUAGGUAUGAUCAAAACGGGAGGGGAGAAGGUCGGAACGAGGCCCGGUUUGGUCCACUGGCUCUUAAUUUCAUUCAUUCUUCUGUUCUCUGUUGGUUGAUUAUCUUGCUAUCUGCUGGGAGGAGCUUUAUCGUGAUAAGGGAUUGCGCUACUAGUAUCCCCGGGGGGGAUGGUUGAGGGGAAGGCAGGUCGGUGCGAUGUGGAUACUAACUAACUACUCUCCGAGUGAUUGGCAAUGGAGGGGUUCUGGCUACUAUUCCGAGGGUCUCUGGGUUAUAGUAGUUGGUUGGUUUGUAGAUAAAUACUUCAGUUGAGUAGUGCAUUCUAAUACUUGGCUACCCUACCAUGGACCGAAAUACAAGAAUCCUCAUUGUCGGAGCUGGCUGCUUCGGUACUUCGACCGCUUAUCAUCUCGCCCAGCGCGGUUUCACGUCCAUCCGCGUGCUGGAUCGAUAUCCCGCGCCAUCCUGCGAGGCCGCCUCAACCGAUAUCAGCAAGAUCAUUCGCAGCGACUAUAACGAGCCGCUGUAUGCACGUUUGGGAAUCGAGGCGAUUGCCGCCUGGAAGUCCUCGGAUCUGUUUCGUGGGCUGUACCAUGUCCCUGGCUGGGUUCUGAGCGCAUACAAGCUGUCGUGCGCGUUUGUGGAAGGGUCGAUUGAGACGUGCACCAAGCUUGGAGUUGAAGGAUUGGAACGCCUGUCGACGCAGCAGAUCCGUGAGCGGUUCCCCCUUGUGACGGGCGAAUUGGAUGGGUGGAAUAUCAACGUCUGGAAUCCGACGGCUGGCUGGGCGGCGGCCGGGGAAGCCUUGCGGCGCAUGGCCGUCGCAGCGCAGGAGCAAGGGGUGGAAUAUAUCUCUGGUGAAGAGGGCUGGGUCAAGAGGUUGUUGUUCAAUGAGGAGAAGCAUUGUACGGGAGUGAUCACGACUGAUGGCUCAACGCAUGUUGCUGACUUGGUCGUGGUGGCUGCCGGAGCUUGGACGCCAACAUUGCUGGACGUGGCGGGCCAGUUGACGGCCAAAGGCCACAGUGUGGCGCAUAUACAACUCUCCCCGGCGGAGACAGCUCAUUAUUCCGCACUGCCUAUUAUGGAUAAUCUGGAGCUGGGCUACUUUUUUCCGCCGCAGGCAGAUGGGGUGUUCAAGAUGGCGCAUAGCCAGUUCAUCACGAACAUGCAGACGGAUACACGGUCCGGAAACAAGUCAUCUGUUCCUCACACCUUUGUGGACAAUCCACAAGAUGACCUCCCGCUAGAAAUCGAAGCUCAGAUGCGCCGGAACCUUCGUCGUGUCCUACCGGAACUCGCCGACCGUCCAUUCUGUUAUACCCGUCUUUGCUGGGACGCUGAUACCGCUGACCGCCACUUUCUGAUUUCACCGCACCCUAAUCAUCAAGGACUGUACGUGGCGGCCGGAGGAUCAGCGCAUGGUUUCAAGUUCCUGCCCGUGCUGGGCAAGUACAUUGCCGACUUGCUGGAAGGAAAUUUGGAGUCCGACAUUGCCCGGCAGUGGCAAUGGCGCGCAGGCCAGACGGUGACCGCGAAGAACCUAGCCCAUCAGGACCCCGAAUUGGAGUUGAGUGACUUGACAGGAUGGAAGGGACGUAAAACUCGUGAGAGGGGGCCGAGAUUGUAAUAGUCAACGAAACAAACA